AUGGCAGGAGAAAACGAAAAAACUAUAAAAGAUAGCUUGUUACUGGCCUGGACAAUCAUUGCAAGAACAUUGACAGACCCUAUAGACAUGCAUCUGAAGAACAAGACAACCAUCCAUGAAUUCUGGAUUCUUGGAUUUGAGAAUAUUCACAACAUUUUAUUCUUACCUUUUCUUUUGUUUCUAAUAAUUUAUUUUUUAACUUUGUCUGCUAAUUUCACAAUCAUAUCACUGGUCAUCGCAUGUCGCCAAAUCAACGCUCCGAUGUACUUCUUCCUCAGCCACCUGUCUUUCAACGACAUCCUUCUCUCCACAACCAUCGAACCUGAAAUGCUCCACAUUAUAUUGAGAGAAGGAAGCGCUAUAUCCCGGACUGGGUGCUUCACUCAAUUAUACUUUUUCUCUGUGUCUGCUACUAAUGAGUGUUUCCUCCUCACCGUGAUGUCCUACGAUCGAUAUUUGGCCAUCUGUAACCCAUUGCGUUAUUCCUCCAUCAUGGACCUCAAGCUUUGUAUUGUUCUUGCAACAUCUUCUUGGGCAUGUGCAAUGCUUUUUGCUUUACCACAUAUUGUUCUUUUGCAGAAGAUGACAUUUUGUGGGUCAUAUAAGAUUAACCAUUUUUAUUGUGACCUUCUUCCACUUCUUAGACUUUCUUGCUCAGAAACAUCGACUAUUGAAACUGUAAGUGCGGUCAACUCUCUGCCAAUAUUAUUUCUACCAUUAAUUUUCAUCUCUGUGACGUAUGCGAACAUCAUUGUCGCCAUCCUCCGGAUCUCUGCCUCGGCUGGUAGACGAAAAGCCUUCUCCACCUGCAGCUCCCACCUGACCGUGGUCUGUAUGUAUUAUGGGUCAAUUGUGUUUAAUUAUCUGGUUCCAUCUGAAGGACAAUACUCAGGGUUACAAAAAAUGGUUUCUGUCUGUUAUACUAUUGUGACCCCACUGCUAAACCCCUUAAUAUACAGCCUAAGGAACAAAGAGAUCACAAGGGCACUAAUGAAAUGUACCUUAAAAAAUACAUAA